UGUUCCUUGAACAUCUUGUGGAGUGGCAGUACUACAAUGGCAGAAGGUGGUGAUAGCACCUGGUAAUUGCAACCAAGUGUCUUCGCUAUUGCUGUUGUCGUGGUGGUCACCUAGAUGGUCAAGAUCGAUAACUGCUGUCGCGACUGACCGGCACGAGCUCGCCUCGUGUGUUUACACACUGCCACGAUGUCGUCUUCAAUCACUGAGCUCGCCGAAUACCAAGCCAAGCGCAAGGAAUUGAUAUCCAGGGAUAGAUCUCUUCGACUGGAUGUUUUGGAUCAAGAUAACCUAUCCACUCUCGAAAUACAGGCAGACCACUUGAUUCGCAGCAUUCGUGCAGCUGAGGCCGAGUCGGUAUGGAGUGUAGAUUAUCCCUCUAUACCUCAUCCAUUCCCUGGCAUGGAAUUCUUGACUGGCAGGAGUAUCAUUGUCCAAACCGAAAUAUACAAGAUUCUAUGCAAAAUGCCCAAGGGCGCGCUUCUCCAUGCCCAUCUAGACGCGACGGUGAAUGCAUCAUUCCUGUAUGACCUUGGACUGCAAGAACCGUCAAUGCAUGUUCAGGUUCCAAAAGCUAUCAAUGCUCAAACUUUGAACACCGUGCUCCCAAAGUUCAAGGCACUUCCUGCAGAGCUUCACAACAACGAAGCAUUAUCCCUUACCUCACCGUCCUACAUCCCGGACUCCUGGCUUUCUCUUACCCAGGCCGGAGAGCAAUUCGACUCAGAGUCAGGAGGUCCAGAUGGAUUCAAUCAAUGGGUUCUUGGCUGCUUGACGAUCAAUCCCGCAGAGGCGUAUGGAACAUACAACACCGUUACCAAGGUCGUCAUCAAAGUGAUUGGAGCCAACUCUAUAGAAGACGGGAUUUUGUAUGUCGAGCCGAGAGUGAAUUUUUGGAUCAAGACCAUGAAUGUCACACACAGAGAGCUUCUCAUGAUCUUCGAGUCGAUCUUGGAGGAGACCAUCGUUGACUUGAAAGCUCGAGGAAGAGAAGACGAGUUCGUUGGAGCAAAGCUGGACUGGUAUUUUGAGGAUUGUAUUGCUCUGAAAAAAGAGUUCCCCCACUUGAUUGUAGGCUUCAACCUUGUAGGGAAUGAAAAUGUCUUAUACCCGCUGUCACAUUACACGGAGAAGCUCUUAAAUUUUCGUCAUAUGCAGAAGGACGCAAGUGUCGAUAUUCCUUUCAUUCUCCAUGCAAGAGAGACCCUUGGUGAUGGUUCCGAGGCUGACAUGAAUCUCUACGAUACUAUUCUGCUGGGAACAAAAAGGAUCGGACAUGGGUAA